AUGGAUCUUUGGGCUGAAUCCAACGGGCCUCCACGUAAAAAGAUACGAAAGGGGACCAAGAGUUGUAUUGAGUGUCGCCGCCGUAAGAUUCGGUGCACGUAUGACCCAGAUCGCCCUGCUACCUGCCAUGAAUGUAGAUUGAGAGGCGCCGCAUGCAUUGACCAGGCACACAGCAAGGGAGAUUGCGCUCCCGUGGUAGGAUAUGGCCAGGGCGAGCAGCGAUACAGCCUUCGGGAAAGAGUCGCCCAUCUGGAAAGCGUGGUACAGGAGCUGGCGAAGCGGCUGGACCUGCAGAGUGCAAACCCCUCUUCUCCCAAGCUUGUGUCUCAAGCCAUACCGACUUCUCCCGCUCCUGACCCCGAGUCUGAUUAUUUGGGUCCUUCGAGUGACCAGAUCCAGAAUGCUCCGGUGCUGCAGCUAUUCGACAAUCACAUUUUGAGUCGACGCGAGGAUACCGAUAGCAAUGAUCGAUUCACUGGGGCGCAAGACAUGUCCGCCAAAGCAUGCGCCGUACGUGCUGAGCUCCUGACCCUGCUUCCACCGGCAAUGGACAUCCGCCGAGUAAUUGCGGAAGCGUCACAUGCGGGGAGUAUUUGGGAUGAAUAUUUCCCUAGUCGUCCGGACGAAUCCACGUUUGUCUCCACACUGAGUGAAAGCUCGAUCGCGCCGGCUGAGAUCGCCAAGGUGCUCAUCUGCCUCACCAUCAGUGUCAUUCAUCUGCCGCAUGAAUUCGACUUUGGAGCCCUGCAAGAUCCUCUCGAUCCGCGAAAGUUUUCCGCUCGCUGUACUGAAGCAGUGGAUCGCCUCAUCGUUCGUGAUGACGACUUUGCGGCAACUCUGCCUGGUAUUGAAGCCCAGACACUGCUGGCAAAAUCUCAUUUGAGCGAGGGCCGGCUUCGGAAGGCCUGGCUAGUAAACCGCCGGGCUAUCGAGUUUGCCUAUCUUGCUGGGAUGCACCUUUCCACUCGCACACCGCGGCCUACUGACACGCUGUUCGACCGACGAUUGAAAAUUUGGUGCUCUCUGGCCGCGGCAGAUCGGACACUGAGCCUGAUUCUCGGCCUGCCGUACGGGGUGCUGGAAUCCUUCUUCCAGCCGCAGAUCCAACGACGACUACAAAUGGCCAGUGGUGACGCGGAUCAAUACUUUUUGCAAAUGAGUCUCGUGACCGGACAUAUCAUUGACCGAAAUCAUGAUUUCUCCGAGACGAGCUUCGAGGAAACAUUGAAGCUGGACCAGGAGUUGAUGGAUGCUUGGAAAACUCUACCAGAGAGUUUUUUUGGAAUUCUACCGGGUCCCCAAGAAACCCGUGGGCACUUUCAUGCCAAACUUCCUCUUCAGAUGAUGCUCAACGUCGUUCGAGCCCUGCUGCAUAUGCCGUUCUUGCUGAAAUUUCCUCACGAUCAACGCUUUGGUGUCUGUCACCGCGAGGCAAUUCAAUCGGCACGAAACACGUUGAUGCUUUACAAAGUCCUUCGGCCCAUGAUGAGAUCGUAUCUGUGCAAAAUGAUCGAUUUCUUUGCCUUUACCAUGAGCAUGAUUUUGGUUGUGUACAUCUACGGCCAUCUCGACGAAUCUCCUGCGCUGUACAAACAACAAGAUGAUCAGGACUGGAGACUCGUUGGUGAAGUGGCGGACAUCCUUGGCCAGGCUGCCAACGGCGCCGGAGGCACCGUGGCAGCCCAAUCGGCACUGAUCCUGAGCAAUAUCGUCAAGUCUCGAUCGCAGAUGAAGGAGUGGGCAUCCGCGGCCUCCUGCAAAGUCACAAUUCCUUACUUUGGAUCCAUUCGAAUUGGCGCGGGACCAAAGGUGCUGAAUUUUCACAAAGUCCACGAGAAUGGCAAUGUUGACUCUAGAUCGAGUGUACCGGCUGUCAAGAACGCUCCUCCACCCUACCCCGAUCCAUACUCCCUGCAGGCGUCCACUUUCUCUGACCCAGAUCUGUCAUCUGCGACGUACGCGAGUAGCUCGUCAAACUCGCAGAGUCCAUUGCCCCGUUACGGCGUGAAUUCCAAAUAUCUCGCCCAGCCGUUGCCCCCGGGGGAGGAUCCCUCGAUCACCGAAUUUGCUGGAUUUGGGUCCACUUCGUUUACUGGGCUUUUCAAUGAUCUGGAGGAGUCUGCCUGGCUGAAUCUGGCCGUUGACCACGGUUUAGAUCAUGGCUGGAACAUGAACUGGUUUGAGUGA